AUGGCGAGCAUCGGAAAUCUUCAGCGCAUCACCGCCGAUAAGCUCUCAACCAUACUUCUGGCAGAACAGGCCGCAACUAACCCCUCAGCGGCUGUGGUCGACGUUCGCGACGAUGAUUAUAUCGGCGGUCACAUAAGAGGCUGCAUCCAUAUUCCUUCUCGCAGCCUCGAAGCUAUGAUGCCUACCCUCGUUCGUCGUCUGGAAGGCAAGAAGACCGUCAUCUUCCAUUGCGCUCUCUCCCAGCAACGUGGACCCAGCGCCGCCCUUCGGUACCUUCGAGAAUGCGAACGGAUGAAAGCCACGAAAAAGUCUUCGGAAACAGCCGACGAGACAGCAAACACGGAUCCGCCGACUGUCUUCGUCCUCGACCGUGGCUUCGUCGGCUGGCAAGAGGUAUAUGGCGAGGACGAGCGGCUGACCGAGGGAUACAGAAAGGAUCUCUGGAAAGAUGGGUACUGGAUGUGA